AUGUCGUCGAUCACCUUACGAUCUUGGCCUCCUGCCCCUCGCCCGACUCCGCCGCCGCCCCAGCCGGGACACGAUUGCCUGUGGCGGCUCGACCUUUUGUCGCGGAACGACGUCAAGUUCGCCAAGAGGUGCGAAUACAAGCGGUGCUUCGAAAAUGGUUACAAGACCAUUGAGAACCCGGGCACAGCCCUAGAAUGUGGGCUCUAUGCCCUUAUCGACAGUCUGUAUGCGCAGAUUAUUGUCGAGGAGGAGUCGGACAUCCUCCCAGACCUCGACGUGCUCCGGUGGACGUGGGCCGAGUACAAGGCGGAGAGGGCGGCCUGGAUCGAGGCAUCGGCGGCUCCCGAGGAGCGUGAGUUUGAGUUGGAGCGCAUCUCCAACAACGAGCACUUUGGAGCCGACCAGCUGGCCAUAAUACUCAACAGGUAUGGCCGGCGACACCUCAACCUCGACCUGGCAUUGGGUCUUAUCAUCCCGGGCGAAGAGCCCAACAUCUUCGACGUCAUGCCCGACGCCGCCCACGCCGAGGCCAAAACGGACCUCAAGAGGGAGCUCCCCGUCCGCGUCGUCUGGAUCGCGAACGACAACAUGGAGCUCCUGACGGGCGGCGAGGCCAUGUCGCACUACGAGGGCUUGAGGCCCAUGUCCAAGAUUGAGGCGGCCAGGGACGUGGCCAAGCAGAGGGGCGAUGCCGCUGCGGCCGCUCGCAAGGCAUGGCGCCGCAGGCGACGAAAAUCCGAGUUCCGGGGGUUGGGAUGA